AUGAGCGGCUCAUCUGGUGAAAGGCAACCUCAAGCUGGCGACAAGGCUGUAGCUGAAGGUGCGCCACUGCUGGAAACGAGUCAACCCGGCACCAACAACCCAGCAGCCGAGCAAGCUGACCAGCCGCCGACGCAAGCCUCGACAUCUGUCCCACCACCGCCAACUCAGUCCAUCUCCAGCUCAAGCAUGACCACAGGGGCCGCCGCCGAUAGUGGUACUGGCGGCAGUAGCUCGGCACCUGUACCGUUGCCUCCCCAACAAUCCCAGCAGCAACAGCAUCAGCCCCUUGACUCGCUCUCCCUCUCCCAGCUGCGCCGACUUGCCUCGGAGCUGCCUCGUAACGAGCCCAUCACCUACGACUUUACGUACGAGGACAUGGGUGACUUUGAUGAUGAGAUUGAUGAGUGGUUCUCCUACCAGGUCUCCCAAUGGGUGCGCCUCAAUUACGCCCAGCAGCACUUCGAGAACCGCUGGGAGCGUAUCAUCACCCACAGCAAGCGAGACAACGAGCGGGCCAGCGAUGAUGAUCAAGACGAACAAGACGACCGAAACAAUGGAUACGACGAGUACAACGAGUACAGCGACUACAACAGUGGUGGUGGGCGUGGUCAGGAAGCAGACAAAGGUGAUAGCGACAACCGCUUGUGGGACACAGUUGGCGGCGAGACGCAGGAGUUGUUUGUUUCCGGCCUGCUCAGCUACCUCGAGUCUGGGAAACACCGCCAGCGUGCCGAAGUCGUUGGCUGUCUCGUCUACCUCGUGCUCGGUCGCUGGGGAACCACGGCCGGUGGGCCUCCGGACGGCAAGAGCUCAUCGACAGCACGGACUGUUGCUCGGUCACGACAGAUUUUGGCGAUGAAGGCAGCAGCCGCCCUUAUCGGCAAGCUCGGUGGCAUUCCGAUUUUAUGGAAGGCUCUGCGCAAGGCAUUUGAACCGUUUUGGGGUCCUGGGGACGUACAACAGUUACCGACAGGUAUUCUACAAGACGCUCAAGAUGACCUGGCUAACCUCAUGACCAUCUUCUAUGUCGUUAUGCAGGCGGCCUUGAGUGAGCCGCUUGACAUGGCUGCAUGCUAUGUCAAGUUAGUCUCCCUCAACCCACCCAUUCCCAAUUUUAUGAUGAAUGUAGCAUCGAAGCUGCGGUGGGAGGACAACCCGGUUAUCCUCCAAUGCCAGGUGUUCUUGCUUCUCUGGAAAGCAAUCUUGCUCGUAUUUGGUGGCACACGCGAAUUGCUAGAGACGAAAAAAGCCACCGCUGAGUCGACUGCCGACGAUGACAAAGAGAAGAACCUUAUUAUGGCGUCGCCCCUUGACUAUCACGCUUUCCGCCAGGAAAUCACCUCCAAGUACCCUGCAUACAUUCCUCCUCAGCCGUUGUUACCUCUCGAAGACGAUAAUACGACUCUCUUGCCUCCGCCGCCCAACCAUCCGCCGCGGAAUAACGGCGCAAAUGGAAUCCUCCCAGGACCACCCAAUGCAUAUGGAGGUGCCUCUAUCUUAGACCAGCCAGUCCAUAUUGCUACACCAGCACCAUCUCCCCCUCCAUCGCCCGCAGCAGGUGGGAAGGGUGGAAAGAAACAGAACUACCAAACAAACCAAAACUUCCCGUUCAUGUAUCCCCCGCUAGAUACAACUAGUAAUGGUGCAGGUGGCAAGGGCCUGGCAGCGCUACAAGACGCCCUUGUGGGGCGUAAAUGGGAGGGCAGCGACGUGCCCUCGUCCAUUCUGGAAGCUGGUGAGCUCUUCUCGAACCGUGUCCGUAUGACGCGUGCAGCUCGGCAACUUUGGGAAGAGCGUGAGAAGUUUCUCAAGUUCGAACGUGGCUGGGACGCUGCAGACGACGAAACCACUGACCAGGACAUCAUCGACGAUUUGGACCUGUCUUCGCUUACCCUGGAGGAAAGAGAGGAUCUUGGCUUGGUGAAGCGGAGCGAGUCGAGCGGUAAAACCAAAAAGGGCGAGGCCGACGUGGACUAUGGUUCAAGAGAAAGUGAACUCAAUGAGCGCAUCAAGCAGCGUCUUUAUGCUUUGGAAAGGUUUUACCAAGAGGCCCUACCUCACUUGCAAUCACUGGUUAUCGUCCUUUUGAAAGCCAUCUUGAUGAACGUGGCCGUUCUCAUGGCCCAGGCUCCGGCCGGUCAGCAACAACACCCCGCCGCCGGCGGUCCGAACAAUAGAGGCAGCGGUUUUCAGAACCAACAGCCCGGUGGCAGCAAUCCUGGCAACACGGAGCCGGUCGAGCUGACGCCCGAAGAGAUUGACGCAGCUAGGACAAGAGAGAUAAGUGCAAAGGCAGUGUCCGGCAUCUUGUUGCUUCUGUUGAAGUGGCUGAAAGUAUCUCAUGUCCUCAAGUUCGAGUAUUUGACACAGCUCUUGCUCGAUUGCAACUACGUUCCACUGCUUUUAAAGCUCUGGGCGCACCAGGAUGUCCAGCAGCUAGUCGACGCCAAAACUGAUUGGGUGGAGUCUAGCUUUUUCUACUUCUGCAAUUUCCGCGCAGGCGUUCCCGAGGGCGAGGAGCAGGUCAGCGGCGCUGCCGAGGAUGAGGAACUUGAAAGCGAAGAUGAUGCUGCUCCUCCGGCGAUUAAGCGACGCCGCUCGCCGCCCCAGGCUCCAGGGCCUGGAGGUGCGCCAGGCAAGCCCAUCGCCACUCGUUCGACCGGUGCCCCCCAGGUAGAUGAGCUUGGGUAUCCGCUUGGCGAUAUGCCCAUCGAACCGAUCACUGACUUCAACCGGCGCAACUUCUUCUCCCUCAUCAACCUCCUUCGGGUGAUGCAGAAGAUCUGCAAGAACAAGGCACACCGCAACUUGCUUCUCGUACACUAUAAAUCCUCCAACAUCCUGCGCAAGAUGCUAAAGGUACCUCAGCAAGAGCUUCGGCUGUACACGCUCAAGCUGUUCAAGAACCAGGUGCCCUACUGCGGACGCAAGUGGCGACAGAGCAACAUGCGGGUGAUCACGGCAGUGUAUCUGCAUUGUCGGCCGGAGCUACGCGACGAGUGGCUGGCAGGUAGCGACGUGGAUGGCGAAGUGGAAAGCUCGCUCCCGUUAGAGCAAGCGCUGCGCAGCCUGACACACUGGUUUAAUGUGCGGCGGUAUCCGGACAAAAUGGCGCCCGAGGUCAGCGUGGCGCUACGCGAGGAACACGAUUUUUUCGUUCGCGAGCUGGACAAGCUAGACCUGAGCUGGGCGGAUCUCAACGAUGGCGAGAGCAUGGUGAGCGAUUGGGACACUUAG